AUGAAACUGAACGAGGAUUUGGGACCGGACCGUGGGGACGAAUUCCAAACCGACGAUGAAGAAAACGAGGCGGAAACGAUCUGGUGGCAUGAAGACGAUACUGAAUCCGAGGUCACAGUUUCUUCACGAAGCCCAUCUGAUAACAACAUGGACCUUAACAACCCCUCAUGGCCUCAGAGCUACAGGCAGUCAAUGGACAUGUUUACAAGCGUGACCCCUCCCUUCAUUAACUUUCUAAGAGGGAAUAGCUUGACAGGAAUAAGCAGCGUCUUUUCUACAGCAUACAAGAGGCCACAAUCAUCUGAGCUUGACUCUUCGCUGAGUAAACCUCUUAUUUCUGAAACAAGUUUAGACAAAGAAGAAGUGCCUACCCAUACACUACCUGUGAAGUCAUCUGCAUCUUCCUACUCCAAAUUUUCUAUCAGUGAAUUCCCACCACCGCAGGAGCAGUGUUCAUUCGCUCAAGCAGUCAUUAAUGGAAUCAAUGUUCUAUGUGGCAUAGGACUCCUGACAACUCCAUAUGCAAUCAAAGAAGGAGGAUGGUUGAGCCUCAUCAUACUCAUGACCUUCGGUAUCCUUUCUUGCUAUACUGGAGUUUUAUUGAAGCAAUGCUUGGAAAGUUCUCCUGGACUCCAAACUUACCCGGAUAUUGGGCAGGCUGCUUUUGGCUUGGCUGGUCGCUUAGGGAUAGCUAUAAUUUUGUAUGUAGAACUAUAUGCUUCUUGUGUGGAGUACAUUAUUAUGAUGAGCGAUAACCUGGCAUCAUUGUUCCCAAACACCCGUCUCAGUUUUGCUGGAAUCUGUCUUGGUUCUCAUCAAACUUUUUCCAUCUUAGCUACGCUUAUUGUUCUUCCUACAGUUUGGCUUCGAAAUCUGAGUUUGCUCUCAUACCUUUCAGGUGGAGGAGUAGUUGCAUCAAUCCUGGUGGCACUUUGCCUAUUGUGGGUUGGGGUGGUGGACCAAGUUGGAUUCCAUCCAAGUGGAACAGCUUUAGACCUUACAAACCUUUCUGUCACAAUUGGUAUUUUUGGUUUCAGCUACUCUGGCCAUUCAGUUUUUCCAAAUAUCUAUACUUCCAUGAAAGAACCAUCUCAAUUUCCAUCAGUUUUAAUAGCCAGCUUUGCCUUCUGCUUUUUUAUCUACACUGGGGUAGCAAUAUGCGGCUUUCUAAUGUUUGGUGACUCAGUCAAGUCUCAGUUCAGCUUAAACAUGCCCAGAGAAUUUGUUGCUUCUAAUAUCGCAAUCUGGACCAUGGUUGUGAACCCGCUGACAAAGUAUGCCUUGACAAUUGCACCCAUCGCAUUGAGUUUAGAGGAGCUCUUGCCUUCAGCUCAGCUUAGAUCUUACAGUGUAGUGGUUCUCAUCAGAACAAUUUUAGUAUUUUCAACUUUGGUUGUGGCCCUAACUUUUCCAUUCUUUGCUUUUGUGAUGGCAUUAAUAGGAUCUUUGUUUGCAAUGUUAAUUGCUCUCAUCUUUCCAUGCGCAUGUUAUCUUCGCUUACUCAAUGGUAGAUUAACGAAGUUGCAGAUUGCAAAUUCCAUAUUGAUUAUGAGUGUGGGUGUGGUCUGUGUUUGCGUUGGCACAUAUUCAGCAAUUACAAGAAUAGCUGACAAAAUGGCCUGAUUGAAGGAAACUAAGGGGAUAUCUGGUGAGUAGCUCAAGCCUAAAAUCUUUUUCUUAGAAAAUUUCAACUAUACUGAAGAACGCCGGCAAUUCAAUGGGAUUCAACCAACAAAAAGAGGGGAAUUGGAUGGAGGAAGGGCUCAUCUUAAGCACUUUCUAUAUAUGAUCAUGGCAUUCAUAGUUUAAUUGUUUUGGUGUUCAUCAGAUCCACAGCCUUUAAUU